AUGAGAGAAGGUAGUUUAUCAAGUAUCGAAGAUUUCAAUGACCUAACGCCCGAAGAGUUCAAUGAACCUAAGGAGUUUCAUGGUGGUGAUGAAGAUGAGCCUGAGAUGAGUGAAGGACAUUCUUAUUCCGAUGAGCCCAACAAUAACCUCAAACCUAAUGUUUAUUUCGAAAGUGACUUGGUGGAAGAAGAAGGUGAGAAAGUUGUUCCUAAACCUUCGGUAUUUCGGAAUAUCUGGUCUUCUUUCAGACCUGACUACAUAACCAAACAUCUUGAUUAUGAGUCUUUCAAGGUAAUUUUUAGAUCAUGGAUUCAAAUUUGGGGUUCGGUUUUCAUUAUGGUGAUUCCGAAAUCGAUGACAUGGAUGGGAAGCGGGACAUAUUUGCUUCAAAUAUUUGGUUUUAUAGCUCCUAGUGGUGGUGGAAGUAUCAUUGCCAAUGUCUUUAUAUCAGUUGUAGCAUCAUUGGGUGUUUCAUUUGGUUGGGUUAUUGUUGUUAUUGUUCAGAUUAUUACCAACAGAAUUAGAGGAUCCCCUACUAUAGAGAUGAUCGGUCUGGAGUUGAUCAGUGAAGGGAUUUGUACUCCUGAAAACAUUGAAGCAUGUCUUACUCAAGAGAUGUUUUCUGGAAGAUAUCUCCGAACUGAUUGUUCGGUGAUUACUGCUAUAGGUUUGUUUGUGGGUGUUGUCAUGUUGGGGUUUUUGCAGAAAAUAAAUCCGUUAUUCAAAGUUGUCUACAUUUUAUCCAUCAUUAACAUAUCCAUCAAUUUAUGUUACAAUGUUUUCAUUCCAACAUUUUCUCCGUUAUUGAUCACAUGGCCGGUUGUCAAAACUAUCUAUUUUGCACUUACUAUAAGAAUUGUAGCUGCUUUAGUAAUAUUUCCUGAAACAUCAAAUUAUGGUUACUUCAAAGGAACCAUUGGUGUUCUUAAAGCUUUAAAAGAAACCAAUACUAAUAAUUACAGAUUUUUCCAAUCCAUGAAACCUUCUGAAUUGAGUUUUGAAAAUUAUAAGAACUUCAAAGGGGAAAUUGUCAAGAUCAGAGCCUCCAUGAUUCCCUCAGAAUUGAACGUUUUUCUAUCAAAAGGGGAGGUUUCCUAUGGUAGAUUGGGAUUAGGUUCUAUGGGUGAAAUCAGAUCUACCCUUAAGAAUUUGAUCAAUGUUGUUUCCUCUUUUGAAUAUUUGUAUCAGUUGAUCGAUGCAAAACAAAAUUUAUCCCGAGGUAAAACAGCCAUCGACAGACACAGGUCAAUCGUUAGUCAGUUGUCUGAAGGUGCUCCUGUUGAUGGUGGCCGUUUCAAAUUGUUCGGUUCUAUUCAUGAAGUUUAUAAGCCAGUAGGAGAAUUCGAACAUCAACAAAGGUUGAAUUUAAUCAAGGAACGUUUCCAUCAAACUCAUUCCAUCAUCAACUUGAAAGAUCUUGAUCACAUUUGUGAUUUGUUGAAACCUUAUUUUUCACCUUAUUUUGAAUCGAGUAUUGAAACUAUAGGUAUCAUAACUGAAUGGUUGGAAGCUGCAAAUGAGUAUAGAUUCUAUACUAUUCUUGAUCCCAAGAAGCAUGCUGAGACUCAGAAGAAACUCAGUGAAAAGAUCAAAGCUUGUAAGGAAAAGCAAGAAGCAAAUCUUUGUAAUAUCAAAAACACGGAAGCAUUGGAAAAGUAUUUCCUGAAGAAGAGCAAAGAUGAAGAAACCAUGUUAAGUCUUAUAAGUACAGCAUCGUUCGUUACAUUUUUCCUAGCAACUCAAACUGAACUGGAAUUGAAAUUACUUGACACAUUAGUAACAAUUGAUGAACAAUGCCCGAAACCUUCUUUUUUGACAUUUUUUAAUACCAGUCCGUUUGAUAGAUCUGAAAACAUCUAUCAUGCCAUGGAUAAUGAAGAGCCCAACGAGAACAUCCCAUCAUUCAGCUCCAAAAUUCAAAAUAGAAACCCCGAUGCAAUGGCUCCUUCGAACUACUUUCAUAUCAUUGGUGCCAAAGUAUUGAAAGUGUAUAAUGCAUUUUAUGAUGACUUACUUUGGUUCUGGAUUAGAUCAGGGUGUCUUACUGUCAUUACAGCAGUGCCUUUUUUCUGUAAGACUACUGCACACUGGUACUUCGAAAAUAGAUUAGUAUGGAUUGUCAUUAUGUGUGCGGUUUCCACUGCCCAGUAUACUGGUGAAACCAUUUAUACCUUCGGUGCCAAGAUGGUUUACUCAUUUUUUGGGUGUGUUGUGGGAAUGGUGGCAUGGUACAUCUCCACCGGUAAUGGUCAUGGAAAUAGCUAUGGUUUUACUGUUGUUACUGCUUUCUUAUUCCUUUAUUUGAUCUUUUACAGACAUUUUUCUAAACAUCAAACUUUGGUUCCCCAAAUCUUAUACCCUGUUACCGCCACUUUGGUUUUGGGGACUAGUUGGGUUGAUGGUAAUCUUUCAACGAACUUGGUGGAUGUUGGCGAGGGCUUCAAACCAGCAUAUCUUAGAUUCAUUAGUGUCAUAAUUGGACUUUGUGUAGGUUUCUUAGCAAGUGUCAUACCCAGACCCAAGAGUAGUAAGGUUGCCAUUCGAAAGAUUUUAUCUCACAUUAUUGAUGAAAUAGGUGAUAUUCAUUGUUCAGUCUCUUCUUUUGCCUUAAGGAGAAUCAAUAGUCCAAAUUUCCAUAUCACCACCAGACACGACCCCAUAAUUGAAAAGCUUAGAGCUUUGCUUUUGAAAAUGGCUAGUACUGCGGCUUUAACUAUCCCCAUUGAUCAUGAGAUAUCGAUUACUGGUAACUGGCCCAACGAAAAGUAUAAAAACUUACAAGCCAAUAUUACUGAUAUCAUUCAACUUUAUACGAUCUUGUUAAUCAUGUUGGAUAAGAUCGAAGAUACUAGAGGAUGGAUAGGACAUAUAAUUAAUAGAUCAGGAUGGUAUGAUGUGGAUAUGAAUGCUGAUUUAUUAGCUCUUAUACAUAUGUGUUCAAGAUCUUUAAGAUGGAAAAGUGCAUUACCUAAAAUAACCCAAGCUACGUUAUCUUUGAAACAUUUCGAUCUUCUACGUGAGCAAUGGGGUAUCAAUAAGUUCUCUUUGAAUGAGAGAUUCUAUAACAGUAAUAGUAUAGUCAGAGAUAUGGAAGAAGAAUUGGAAAGGAAGUCUGUUUCUACCAAUAAAAGCUUACAUCAAUCAAUGGUAGAAAAUCUAGAUUAUGACAAGUUAUUUGGUCAUGACGGAAAUAUAAGUAUUGUUGCAUUACUUGUAUGUCAUAUGAUUUACAUGAAGAUAGAUCAAGUUGUUAUUAUUGUCAAAUCGUUAGUUGGUGAAAAGUACGACUUAGAUAAUGAACUUUUUACUUGGAGAAAUAAUGAUGAAUUUAAACAAGAUUAUAAGUUGGAAUAA